GAUAAUUUAGGGAUUUUCGAGUUACAGUAAUUGUCAAAAUAGUCAGCUGCUUUUGUCAGGUGAUUUAAUUGACUCCGAAAAUCUAAUAAGAUUAUUUCGUGAAAAUGGCCCUACAUUCUGCAGCCAAAGGGAAGCUUAUUUCCGUUAUCGGCGACGAGGACACCUGUGUAGGGUUUUUACUGGGUGGAGUAGGUGAAAUCAACAAAAAUCGCCACUCCAACUUUAUGGUGGUGGAUAAAGCCACUCCCAUUGGUGAAAUCGAGGAGUGUUUCAAGCGGUUCAUUAAACGAGAUGACAUCGACAUAAUUCUUAUUAAUCAAAACAUCGCCGAAACUAUUCGUCACGUGAUUGAUGGUCACAACCAACCCGUCCCUGCAGUAUUAGAAAUCCCGUCGAAAGAUCACCCGUAUGAUGCCAGCAAGGAUUCUAUUUUGAGACGUGCUAGGGGUAUGUUCAACCCCGACGAUAUGGCAGCCUAAGUAUUGUUUUCAUUGUAAAUAAUAAGUAUAAAUAAAUAUUCAUAGAUGUAGACAGUAUAAUUUAUACUCUAAAUGUAUAUAUACAUUCCUGUUAUAUUUCAUAAAAUAAUCAUUACUGAUUAUUCAAGUUUCAAUAAAUAUUAGCAAA